AUGGCUUCUCCUCUCUUUUUGUUGGCUGUCGCUGCCCCUAUAGCUGGAGCUCUCAUUGCUAUCGCCAAGGCAUACCGUAACGUCCGCUCGAAAGGCUGUCCUCCGGGCCCGAAACCCCUCCCGCUUCUAGGAUGCGCACUACAGGUAGACGCUACGCAACCGUGGCUCACCUACACAGAAUGGAAAGAUACAUAUGGUGAUAUCGUAUACUGUCCAACGUUCGGUCAGGACACCAUUGUCGUCAACUCCGAGGAAAUGGCACAGGAUCUGUUUGAUAAGCGGUCCAGCAACUAUUCCGAUAGGAUGGAUGCUUCUAUCUUGACCAAGUACUUUGGGAUGGGUCAUCACACCGCAAUUAUGAGGCACAACGACGUGUGGCGAGAGCAUAGGCGGGUAAUGCAGCAAGGCCUGCGACGAGAGCCGGUGAAGGUGUACCUUCCCGUCCAGCUUCGGCGUGCACACGACCUCAUCAAAAGCCUGCGAAAGUCUCCGACCGACUACUGUCGUCACGUGAAGAGGUUCUCGGGCGCGACAAUUCUAGAGGUCGUUUACGAUCAUAGGGUCGGCUCGCGUGGCGAGGAAGAUCCUAUCCUGAAGCGAAUCUCCGAUGCGAACGACGUGGGCGUUCUCGCGCUUGCGCCGGGAAACAUUCUCCGCUUGAGCGUGUUCCCGUUUCUCCGGCACAUCCCCACAUGGCUUUCUGGUGGGCAGCUCGACUCUGCAGUUUGCAGAAAGCACAUGGAGACAAUGGUCGAGGUGCCAUACAGCGAACUCAAACACAAACUGGCUUCCGGAUAUGCUGCUGGCGAGGAUACCACAGGUUCGACGUUGAUGAUAUUCAUUCUCGCCAUGGCCCUGUACCCCGAAGUUCAAACACGUGCACAGAGUGAAAUUGACUCUGUUGUUGGAAGCGGACGUCUCCCCAGCUUCGACGACUGGGAGACACUACCUUACGUGGAGGCUGUAUUUCGUGAGACACUGAGGUGGUACCCCGUGGUUCCGUUAGGCGUUCCUCAUGCAGCGUCCCGCGAAGAUGUAUACCGCGGGUACCAUAUACCUAAAGGGGCUGUUGUAGUACCUAACGUCUGGGCUAUGACGCGAGACCCAGAUAAGUAUCACUCCCCUGCAGACUUCAAGCCCGAGCGCUUCCUCGACGAGCAAGGCAACCUAACUAGUGACGAGGUCGACUAUGUUUUUGGUUUUGGUCGGCGCAUCUGUCCGGGGCGAUAUCUUGCCAAGGCAUCUGUAUGGGUAGCGAUGGCAUGUAUCCUCGCCAGUCUCAGGAUUGAGAAAGCUAAAGACGUAGACGGCCGUCCGAUUGAGCCUAAGCCGGAGUGGGUUCACGGCAUUACUUCGUAA